CUUCCUAACAUUCAGUUCUGUCUUCUCUGCCUACCUAGGUUCUGGCCUAUCAGGUCCAAAGCGGUUUCUUUAUUCAUUAACCAAUGAAAGCAGCACAUGAACAGAAAAACCUCCUACACCAGUAUGUAGUUCUAUUAAUCUCUCUCUCAUGUGGAGACCCAUGUAGUCACUGCUUCACUCAAUACAGAAAUGUGGCCCAUCAGUAGCAGGUGGGAACUUCCUUGCACCUGCUUUUAUAUUCACUCAGCUGAUACCUCCUGGAAACCAUUGUUUCCAACCAUGUAAUAUUAUGUGCAGAAUGUUAUAUAAAUGUCACCUGUAAUCUUUAAUGGAUUCUUUGCCUUUCCCCAAAGCAUAAGAUCAUCAACUUGGAACAGUAAUGUGAACAAUAUACAAGACUAAGUCCUUUAUGAAGACACAAAAUUCUCAAAAUAGUUCUAGUGUGUAUGUAUUAGUAAUUCACAUUAUUCUCAUGUUUGAAAAUAAUCCAGCAGACAUCCCCAACCCUUUGACACUGACACAUUGUCAUUUGCAAAGUUCAUGCUAAAGAACCAUGCAAUCAAGUUUAAAAACUCUUUUAACUUGGACCAUAUUUAUAGCUAUCCUGGACUGUAUGUAGCCUGUAGACCAUGAGUUAGAUACACCCAAAUGGUCCUUGAUUUAAUUUACAGCAAUUUCAAACACAGUCUAUGAAGACCCUGUACUCCCAAUUGACCAGGUCUGACCAGUUUUCUUCACCCUCUUUGGAACAGUCUCUGUCUCUGUGUGACUAAGUCUUGUUAAGCUCUUUUCUGCCUCAUGGCUUUCACGUCUGGUAUUUUUCUUCCUGGAACACUGCAUUCAGAUUUUCGGUGGCUGGCUCUUUGUUCCUUUUUAGUAUCAUCUAAAACUUAGUCUUCUCGGAGAGGCUUUUUUUUACACUCACAAUUAUAACACACAGCUUCUAAAUAUGGGCUUGUUAGAUUCAGUAAAAAUACAAGAUGCCUAGUAAAGUAGACUCUGGCUAAACUUUUGGCCCUUGUUCACUGUAAUAUCUGGGAUGUAUGCGUACUAAAACUUGUUGUGAUUUGUCUGAAACUCAAAUUUAAUGGGAUGCUCUGUAGUCCAGAAAUCCAGCUGUGGUAAUAUUUUGUUAUCUCUCUGGGCUAUUCAUUUUAAAAAUUCUAUUUGGUUUCUUACUUCCUGAGCACUACUCAAGUCCUCCUUGUGUGUUCACAACUGUUUGUCUAGUGCUGAUCACUGCCCCGCACAACCUCAAAAACUGUUUUUAGAAGAGUAAGGAAAAUACAGUCUGGAACAGACUGACCACACAUCCAGGGCAAAUUGCUGGGCAGAAAUUCAACAGCACUGUGCCGAGGCGUCUAAGGAAGGUGCAGUUGAAGAGGGAAGGGUGCAGUGUUACUCACCCUUCAGAUGCGUUCUCAUGGAGCCUGAAGACUCUGGAUGCAUAGAUUUGAGGAGGAGCAAAAUCGAGACUACCAAAAAAGCCUUUUUUUGAUCAGUCUUCUAACAAACUGCAGUAACUAAAAAGAAAAUCUGUUUGAGCGAAAAGAACAAGUCUGAACUCUGAAUAGGGUCACAGGCAGUGGGCACCCUCCCAUCUCUGUCCAAGGGGAACGUCCUGCAACUUACUUUAAGGAUUAGCUUUAUUGUCACAUUUUGGGAACUGUUAGAUCCUAAUUAUAAGGAAAGUCGCCACACAUGCGAACAAAGAGCCUGGAGGGUGGAUGGUGAUGAAGUUAAGACAGAAGAAAUCAAACUCGCCUCUUGAGCCCGGGAUGCCCAACACGGUGGAGGCAGCCUUUAGAGAGGUUAACUGCACGCACAGCUCCCUGAGGUACCCACCGGGGGCACACAGACAGACUCCACUUGGAUGCACUUCAUCUGAUCCGUUCGUCCUAAAGUCAGCUGUGUGUGCGCGCGACUGUAGAUCCAUACUAAGUCAAGCCAGCUCCAGGCCCUACGCAGCUCCACCCGUCUCCUGCCUGCCCUCCCACCUAGAGCGAGAGGAUGAUCCUGGGCACCUUAGUCUGGGCUGCUGGUACCCAGCCUCUAUGACAAGACGCGCCCUGUCGUGUGAACCACGUGCGCGCCCAAUUUGGAGGCAACAGCCUAUGCCACUGACAGGUGCUGGCCCGAGGGCGCGGGUGUGGUCCCCUGUACAGCCUCCGCCGGGUGCUCGCAGCUUCCCGAGCUUCUAACCGGCACGCACGGGGAGCCAGGGCGCGGCCUGGAGGCACUCGGUGGACUGGAGCGGCGGAGUUCAGUGCUCGAAACUUUGCAGGUGCCGCGGGCGCUCGGGGACGGCGCCAGUCCAACCGGGCAGGUGCAGCGGGCGGAGGAGGUGACACCCCGCGGCCCCAGGGCCUCGGCCGCAGCCGCUUUGCUCCGAGCUGGCCUGAAGCCGCUGGGCACUCCUGGCUUGUGCUGCUGCGCCGGUCACGGACGCUGCCACCGCCGCCUCCACACUCCCAGAGGAGGCGCAGCCAGAGAGGGCAGAGGAGAGCCAGGAGGAGGCCACAGGAGGUUCUUGGGGUGCGGGAUGGAGCCCCGGGCAGCAACUGCUGGCGAACACGAGCCCGCCGCGUCCCCCUCUUUUCAGGCCCGGCUCUGGAAGAACCUGCAGCUGGGGGUGGGCAAGGGCAAGGGCAGCGGGGGCGGUCGCACCGGGGGGCCCGAGCGCCGCACUGCGGCCACUCCGACCCCAUCCCCGCCGCCCCCAAGGGCCACCCAGGACGCACUGGCCGGUGUGGGGAGUACCGGCAGCAGGUGGAGCGGCUUCAAGAAGCGGAAGCAAGUGCUAGACCGGGUGUUCUCCUCCUCGCAGCCCAACCUGUGCUGCUCCUCGCCGGAGGCCCUGGAGCCGGUUGGAGCAGGCAGAGCCGAGCAGGGGUCCACGCUGCGCCGCCGCCUCCGCGAACAUCUGCUGCCCGUGGCUAAGGGGCCCGCGACCGCCGCGGGGCCAACUGGAGUGACGCCUCCUGGCGGACACUCUCCAGACUCAGUUCCUUCUUCCGCCUCAUCCUCUCUGUCCUCUUCUCCCCAACCGCCCGCGAGGGGGAACCGCGUCCGAGAUGAAGGCGCACGGCGUGGAGGUUCUGGGGUGCACCUGUGCCACCAAAAGAGCUCCUCUCUUCCAGGCACCGCGUGCCUGGAGCAGUUGUUGGAACCGGCGCCACCUCCCGUAGAAGCCGCACGGGGUCCAGCCGAGCCCCAGGCUCUGCUUAAGGGCGAAGAACGCAGCCAGAAAAUAAAUACAGUUGGAAACAGUAAUGCAGAUGUCCCUUUGGCUGAUCCCGGAAUGUAUCAGUUGGACAUCACACUGAGAAGGGGUCAAAGUUUAGCUGCCCGUGACCGAGGAGGGACAAGUGAUCCAUAUGUGAAGUUUAAAAUUGGAAGAAAAGAAGUUUUUAGAAGUAAAAUUAUACACAAGAACCUGAAUCCUGUGUGGGAGGAAAAGGCUUGUAUUAUUGUUGACCAUCUUAGAGAGCCACUGUACAUCAAGGUAUUUGACUAUGAUUUUGGGCUGCAAGAUGACUUUAUGGGCUCAGCCUUUCUCGAUCUCACACAGUUGGAGUUAAACAGGUCCACGGAUGUGACCUUAACUCUGAAAGACCCCCAUUAUCCCGACCAUGACCUCGGAAUCAUCUUGCUGUCAGUCAUCCUUACCCCUAAGGAAGUUGAACCCAGGGAUGUGCAGAGUUCAAUCCACAGCUUUCUUCAUUGGAGAAUUUGUGACAUAAAAACUAUGCUAAGGAGGAAGAGUUGGAAAAGAUCCAGUAAGUUUCAGACCCAAAGCUUGCGUCUGUCAGACCAGCACAGGAAGUCACACCUGUGGAGAGGAAUUGUUAGCAUCACCCUCAUCGAGGGUCGAGACCUCAAAGCAAUGGAUUCCAAUGGGUUGAGUGACCCCUAUGUGAAGUUCCGACUGGGGCAUCAGAAGUACAAGAGCAAGAUUAUGCCCAAAACUUUGAAUCCUCAGUGGAGGGAACAGUUUGAUUUCCAUCUCUAUGAGGAAAGAGGGGGGAUCAUCGACAUCACCGCCUGGGACAGAGAUGCUGGCAAAAGGGAUGAUUUCAUCGGAAGGUGCCAGGUUGACCUGUCGUCUCUCAGUAGGGAGCAAACCCACAAGCUGGAGUUACAGCUGGAAGAGGGUGAGGGCCACCUGGUUCUGCUUGUCACUCUGACAGCCUCGGCCACAGUCAGUAUCUCCGACCUCUCUGUCCACUCCCUGGAGGACCAGAAGGAGCGGGGAGAGAUCUUAAAGAGAUAUAGCCCACUGAGGAUAUUUAACAACAUAAAAGAUGUGGGAUUUCUCCAGGUGAAAGUCAUCAGAGCUGAAGGUUUGAUGGCUGCUGAUGUCACAGGUAAAAGUGAUCCGUUUUGUGUGGUAGAACUGAACAAUGAUAGACUGCUGACACACACUGUCUACAAAAACCUCAGUCCUGAGUGGAACAAAGUGUUCACAUUCAACAUUAAAGACAUCCAUUCAGUCCUGGAAGUGACAGUUUAUGAUGAAGACCGUGACCGCAGCGCCGACUUUCUGGGCAGAGUUGCUAUACCAUUGCUGUCUAUUCAAAAUGGUGAACAGAAAGCCUACGUCUUGAAAAACAAGCAGCUGACAGGGCCAACAAAGGGGGUCAUCUAUCUUGAAAUAGAUGUGAUUUUUAAUGCUGUGAAAGCCAGCUUACGAACAUUAAUACCCAAAGAACAGAAGUACAUUGAAGAGGAAAACAGGCUCUCCAAACAGCUGCUUCUGAGAAACUUCAUCAGAACGAAGCGCUGCAUCAUGGUGCUGGUAAACGCUGUGUACUACGUUAAUAGUUGCUUUGACUGGGAUUCACCCCCAAGGAGUCUUGCCGCUUUUGUGCUCUUCCUCUUUGUCGUCUGGAACUUUGAGCUCUACAUGAUCCCACUGUUGUUAUUGUCACUGCUGACCUGGAACUACUUCCUAAUAAUAUCAGGGAAAGAUAACAGGCAACGUGAUACAGUAGUGGAGGACAUGCUGGAGGACGAAGAGGAGGAAGACGACAAAGAUGACAAGGAUGGUGAAAAAAAAGGAUUUAUAAACAAAAUCUAUGCCAUCCAAGAAGUCUGUGUCAGUGUGCAGAAUAUCCUAGAUGACGUGGCCUCCUUUGGUGAAAGGGUAAAGAAUACUUUCAACUGGACUGUCCCAUUCUUAAGCUGGCUGGCCAUUGUAGCCCUCUGUGUGUUCACAGUCAUUCUGUACUUCAUCCCCCUGCGGUACAUUGUGCUUGUCUGGGGUAUUAAUAAAUUUACAAAAAAGCUUCGGAGUCCAUAUGCAAUUGAUAACAACGAACUACUGGACUUCCUUUCCAGAGUCCCUUCAGAUGUACAAGUGGUGCAGUACCAAGAACUGAAACCAGACCAUUCUCAUAGCCCAUUUAAAAGGAAGAAAAACACCCUUGGCUAGCCAGCUCCCAGCACUGAGGGACCAGCACGCCUGGAAAGAUAAAAGAAAGACCCUGCAGCCUCGGCAGCAUUUCUUUUCUUUCUCCUUUUUAUUUAUUUUCUCUUUUGAUCAUGAUCGAGAAAUUUGUAAAUAGUGUACAAAGGCAUAUGUCUUUGAAAAUAUACUUCCAUUGUACAGACUCAACUUGAUAAAGGAUUUUAACUAGUGGAGUGUGGAAGCCUUGUUAGCUACAACCAACUGAAAGAAUAAAAAUAAUGGUUAUAAAAUUGGAAGCACAUUCCUUGAAUUACAAGUGAAAGAACUAGAAUAUCAGAUUAAAUGCUCAAUUGUACUAUGAUUAACCCUACAUAAAAUAUAUAUGCUGAUUUGAUUUUAGGUUUUUUUUAUGUGAGGACUUCUUAUCUGAAAUGCAAUUCAUUAGUUUUUUUUAAUAUUUAUGUACAAAAUGUACAAAAGAGGGGAAACCCCAAACAUUGAAUAAUGGAAAUGUUGCAUUUCAGUAUAACACCCCGACUUUCACUCCUGUGUAAAUACGUUACUUAUGUAUAGCUAAGGCUGAUUUUAAGUUCAUGAGGACAGGCACAUUCAUAUAUUCUGCUGUGUCCUCAUACACAAUCCCUUAAGAGAAUCUGAGAUUCUAUGAAUAAAACUCUUAAGCCUUCUAUCAUUCCAUCCAAAACCUUAAAAUCUCUCCAGAAAUAUAUUAAAUUAAUACUGCCAGGUUUAUAAGUGAUUAUCAGGGGUUUUAUAUAUACCACUAUUUAAUUUAUACUGGGUUAGCAAAUUAGCAAGCCGAUUUAGCUGUCAAAUAUACUAGCAAAGUAAAUCCAUACUGCAUUUGGUAUCAAAUUAUGCCCUUGUAUAUCUGAAAAAGUAAAUUUAAGUGUCCUCACAGGGGGGGAAAACAGUUUGAAAGAAUAAUGCUUCUCCAUUAGACUACUAACAUGCUUUUUAUUAGUGAGCUUUAAUGUGGAGAACGCAGUGGACUAGAGAAAGGCCAGUGCUUCAUCACAUCAUUUAUGAAGAACGUUGAUAAUGCAUGAAAGCCUGUUUUGUAAAAUAAAUGUUUAAAGUGGUUACCAUUAAAAAUGUUUCGCUAACCACACUGUAUACUUUAACAGUGCAUUCCGAAGACCAAGUCCAGGGUCUAUCAAGGGAAUUUACCUCUGCAGAGAUACUUGGUCAGUCAGUGAGAGUGUCUUCACUGACUUUUAAAGGAAUAAACUCAAUGGAAAUUGCUGUAAUAUUUUGCACUAUUUUAUUAAUUGCUAUUAAUAAAUAACUGGGGUGAGAUGAAGGUGGGGGUUGUGCUGGACAAUGGAGAAAAGCAGAAAUAUAUAUUUCACUCUAAAGAAAUUCUUUAAAUCUCAUUAAAGCUGAUUUUUAAAGUAUUUUUAUUUUAGAAAUAUGUUGUUAAAUAGUAUUUCUUACAAUAGAACUAUUUUGAUGUUUAUACACUAAGCUUGGAAGAAUGUUGACUAAAUUCCCUUUCUAUAGAAAGGCUUUGACCUCACCUCAACAUGCUCUAUCUAGGAUAUCAUGUUUAAAACGAUAUGCUUAUAUCUGCAUCCCAUCACUGUUUGUUGCAAAAAACAUACUACUUUAUGAAGCUGGCCUAUUACGAGUUUAUUGAUGAAAUCCUUUGGUCUAAGUUCUGAUUACACCUGUGUGAGACUGAUGUUCUGUGCUGUAAAUGUCUACUCAAAUGUCUAAGUCUGACAUCCAUUCUCUAACUUAGAUGGACCUAGUGGAUGGACCCAUUACCAGAUGACUAAGUUUCCUUUGUUUCCUUGUGUAAGAUUUCAGAUGCUUAGUUCGAUAGUAAUGUUGACUACAUAUUCACUUCAUUAAAUACAAAAGAAAACAAUUUUUUCUAUGUAAAAACACUAUUUUUUUCUGAGUUAAGAAAUGCACAGUGGGGUACUGGGUGCAUGUUUGUUCAUUAGUGAUACUUCACUUGGGGAAACAUUUGAGCAGGGCUAUUGAAACAUAUUGAAACCCUGGCUACAGUGAAAACUCAGUACCUUUGGCACAGUAAGCAUCCAGUGAAGCAGAGAAAACUAUCUGGAGUCAGAAAGUCACCUUCAAGCUAGCCCUCAAUACUUUCAGAAAACAAUAUAUUUAUAGGGCCAAAUGAAUAAUGGAUUCGUUUGAUCCAUUCGUAGGAUUUUUAAUUUUCAUGUAUAGGUGCUUUUUAUAUUUAAGAAGGAUACCUUGGUUUUCAGUUGCUUUUUUCCCCCCAGAACUGAGAACUGAAUUCAGGACUUAGCCCCU